AUGUACAUGCACUGUACGGUGCAGAACCGAAAUGCUUGUAUUUCGCCGUCGGUACAGUACAUGUACAUGUCCAAUGCAAGUACUCCGUACUCGGGCGAGCGAGGCACAAACACUUCCAACCGUCUCCUCGCAGCCUCGCCACUUUUCCGUUCACAUCCUAUCCCAUCUCAUCCCAUCCCAUCCCGUCACAUCCCAACUAUCCCUCGGCCUCCUACAACUACCGCUCGUCUCCCUCGCACCUUCAACUCGACCUCCUUUUCUCACUCUCCACUGGAUCGCAAUACAUUCUUCUACGCCUGCCUCUGCCGACAUCUGCCGCUCUUGCCAUCACCCUCCACUCUCUCCACCCUCAUCCUCUCCUCCUCUUUCGUCCAUUCGCCCCUGUCGGCGACGAAGCCGCGUCUGCCGACACGAGCUGUCAUCCGCCCUUCCGGCGAGCGACGACGAGCGACGACGUGCGACGAGAACGACUCGAGCCGACCUACCUUCUCGACCUACCCAAAGGCGCGCCCCGAGGCACGGCGCCGCGAGACGGUCACGAUGCUGCUCCCCUCGGCCAUCUCGUGCGAGUCGCCCCAGCCAUCCCACGGCCGUCUCCAGUCGGCCCUCUUCGCCUCCCCUCCCGCCAGCCCGCCGACGGUCUCGUCGCAAACGGCGCUCGGCAACAUCAUGACCACCUGCCGUUCUCUGCAGUCGCUUCUGGCCGCGCCGGCCUCGAUGCCGGCCUCGUCGUCGGCGCAGCUGCCCACGCCGCCUCUGGCCCACGCGCCCCCUCCGUUGAAGCUGCGCCUGCGGGCGCGACCCUGCCACGGCGGAGACGGAAAUACCAUCGCCGUUCGGCGAGUCGUCAAGCGCGCCGCGGCCGCGGCCGCCAACAAGCGACGGCGCGUCGACGAGGACGCGCACCGACCCGUCCGAGGCGAUCUCGACAUCGACCUCGACCUGGCCGAGCCGACGCCGUCGCCGCCGCAGCAGCAGCAGGCUGACGGUGGACCGACGACGCCGUCGACGCCGAAGCGCGCGCGCAUCGCGCCCGAGCAGUUGCCUCUGGGCCUCGACCGCUCCGACUUCCACGACAUGCACCUGUUCGGCCACGCAAGCGACGAGAGCGGCGGCGGCGGCACGGGCACCGACAUGGAGGUGGAGGCGGACGGCUCCGAAUGGAGCGCCGAGGAUGAUCGCAUCCUCGUCGAGCUCGUGCUCGACAAGCUGAAGCUCAGCAAGACGGAAUGGCAAGACUGCGCGCGAAGCCUGGGCAUGGACCGCCACAGCGCCAGCAGGCGGUGGAGGAGCCUCAUGACCAAGGGCGAGGUGGGCCUCAAGACGAGGGGGACCCGUCGCCGUCCCAGGCUGCACGGAACCUGGCGGUGA